AAAAAGGCUUACCGGGCACCGUAGUUUCGCGGAAGUUCUGAAAGCACUGUUUGGGGAAACAACUGAUGAGAGAUGACAAACAAUUACACAAAUAUAGCAUGAGUUUUUAUUUGCCGGUUUCCCUUUUUAUUCACGGAUUGUCAAUAUGGAGGAUGAAUGGGAAGAGGAGGAGCAGCUCGUCGUGGUGGAACUUUCUGGUAUAAUCGACAAUGACUUUUUGACAAAGACUCGUGGCACUUGUAAGAUACUGGAUAUAGACAGUGAGAAGCCCAUGAUCCAGGUUGGACAAUAUGUGUUUGCAGGAGAAUAUGAAGACACGUUGGGGUCUUGUGUUCUGUUUGAGGAGGGACCGCAGAAAGGACAAGCAGACAGCGGACCAGAGCUCAAGUACAUGUGCCACACCGUGAAGAAGCUGAUGAUGCAACGAGUCUUCCUCACCGAGAAGAAGGAGGUUGAAACGAGCUCAGGAGGCGGUGAUGGUGGGGACAGGGAGGAUGCAACCUGUCAAAAAGAACAUUCCAACUAACAAGAAGAGACUGAAGAAGCUAUGGCAAACAAGACUUUGGAAACCAGGUGGAGAGCUGAAAUGUAGAGCCUUGUCUUUACAUGCAUCCCCUAUCCAGGUGAAGAGGAAACAGCAUUUCUGAGGCUGUUAGAGACAUUAUAUGUGAAACAGGCAAUCUAAUGAAUGUUGGAUUUGUACACAUCAUCAUUUGUAUUAGUUUCAGGAUUGCUCUGAUAACAUAAUCCUUUCCAUGAACCAUGUAAUGCAUCUUUAAUAACCCUUAAAAUCAUUGAAUAUAGUAUAUUGUAGAAACAGUACAUGGUAUGUAGGCUACAGCAAAGUAAAAACAGGCUUUUAAAAAUCAUGAUCUAAGUUCACACACUGUUGUCCAACUAUGAGGGGUUACUGUCAUGUUUCUAAGAUGUCAUCAUUUUUGUUUCCCUUCAUUAUGGAAAAUAUUUAACUUGACAAAUCUGCUUGAGGGGCAGAGUGAAGUAGAAAUGUGCUACCUGAAGGGAAUUUAAAUGUGACUUAAAUAGGAAUACCUGAUUUGUGAUGGCGUGUUUCAGCACUGAAAACGUCUUUAUUAAAACAUUUAUUUAA